GAGAACAUAUGAGUUCUAGCAUACAAAAUAAGCUGACAUAUAAGAAAGCAUGGGAGGAAGAAUCCAAUGAAGAAUCUAAGGGAUGUGAUGACUUUAACCAGGCUCAAAGAUAUUCAGAGAAAUUCUUGCUUAAAAACCCUCAGCAGCCUCAAAGACCCCUGAUGAAAUUUCCAAGUGAUGCUGUUCUUAACAAAAUUGUAGAGAACUCCUCAAAGAACAUUUUUAUUUGUAACGAAGAGGAUGAGAAAAUAGAAGAAGAGAAAAAUAAACAGCUUAAUGAUAAGCUGAGGCUUUCCGAAGUCCCAUUACAAGAAGAAAGUAAAGAUCAGAUCAUCUCUGGAGAAAAUCUUGACCAAAUAGUCUCAUUUUCCUCAAGAAAACCACUAGCCAAAAAGAUUGUUCCCAAUUCAGAGUCUCCUUUACGAAAAAGUCGAACUAGAGAGUCCCUCAAAAAGAGGAAGGCUCUUCGAAAGAGGAUCAUCUUCACAAGCCAGGAAGGAAGUGAGAGGCUUGAAUCUGAUCAAAAUCUCCUCCCUAAACCCAAUCCUCAUUCCUCAAAUAACCAAGAAGACUAUGAACAAGUCUCAGAGGCUAGCUCUUCACGGCCCUCUCACCUAUCUAACCAGAGCAACGAAUCUGACUUCACUCAUGAAGACGUUGAGCACUUGCUAAAAUAAUUUUCAACAGUGG